UCUCGAGAAACAGUAUUUUUUUAAUCUUCAAAUUUACUCUAAAAUCAUGAGUCGUAAAAGAGACAAACCCUACUUCUCCCGCCACCCCGCCGCUUCCAUCUCUAAACGGCGUCGUCCUCUGCCACCUCACCCGCGGCCCUUGGUUGAGAAUGAGGACAAGCCACUCGCCAAGCCUAAGCCGCCACCGGCUGUUGUCGUCAUGGGCCUUCCCCCAAAUUGUUCAGUGCUCGAUUUGAAGUCGAGGUUUGAGAUCUACGGCUCAAUCUCCCGCAUCCGUAUCAAUGGCGAUGCCGUCGGUUACAUACUAUAUCGCUCUAAGGAAUCCGCCGAGUCUGCCAUUGCCGCUUCCCUUGAUUCCUCUUUCGGCAUUACCGUCUAUUCCAAAAGGGUUCAAGUUUUGUGGGCAACCGAUCCUUUAGCUCAAUGGAGAGACGGAGUAGGGGUUAAUGCUAAUAAUGGUAAAGGGCCAACAUCUUCAUCAAAGCUUUUGCGGCCUGAGGUGCCUUUAAGCAGGCAUGGGAGAAUUAAUAAACUUGCAUCAACUGUAGUCAACCCAAGAACAACUGAUGAUGGUUCUUCAAUGUUAGAAUUGCCAUUUAAAGGUAGAGAAGUUGUUGCCUAUGAUGAUAUACUCUAAUUCAGGACUUCAGUUCUCUUGGGACCCGUCUUCUUUGUAACAAUAGUUCAAGUUGAUAUGCUUAGCUUCAUUUUCACUGUAAUAUAUAGAAUCUAAUGUCUUUAGGGUGAAAAUGGUUUAUGUGUUGGAGUUGGGGAAACGAGUUGAAGGAAUGGUGUUGUUUUGGUUUAUGGCCUUCUAAUGAGACUCCCUCUAGUCCCUAGGGGCUAGGAAUGCAGUGUUUUUCAUUUUAUUUACAUUGAUCAUAGUUUUGUUAUAUAUAGUUGAUAUGUUUAUUCAAGUGUUUCCCUGA